GUGUCUCUUCGCUUCUCAUCGGGUCUCCAAUCUCAUCGCGCUUCCAAAAUAGCAAUGGAGAAUCACCCCUCAAAUGGAAGAUGAAAGGCAAUAGAAAAAGAGCCGAUCAAAGGGCGUGACAUAGCAAACCAGUUAAUUGAAGAAGAAGUGUUUGUUCAUAAAUCCGACACUAUUCAUGAUGGAAACGUAGAAGGGUCGUCAAUGCUUACCAUUUGUUAAAGAUCUUAGCCUCAUCAGUAUACACAUGAGGCUUGCAAGAGUUUCUUGUUCCACGCUAAAAAACGAAGAGGGUGCUACAAGAGAAAAUCAAGUGCACCAACAUGGGAGACGAACAGCUCAAUUCUGAUGGAAGAUGGCUAUGUAUGGAGAAAAUAUGGAAAAAAAAUAACAAUGAAUGCAAAAUACCUCAGUGGUUGCCGACUCAGUGUUGCGGAGGUGGUCACCAUGGCCGCUGCCCGCUGACUAGGGGAGGGAUUGUGGAGAGUUAGGGGCAGAAUAAUCUGGUCGUCACAGCUGGAACCCCUUACGCAAUCCUGGUGACGUCACUAUGCGCAUGCAUUCGUUGGAGAGUGGAAAAGUAGGUUCUAGCUACAACAAAAUACCUAAUUCGGAACUAAUCAGCUCUUGGAUGGAGAAGAAUAAGCCUUUGUAUCGUAGAAUGGCAGCAGAAGCAACUUGUUAAUUAGUAAAACAAGUGCAGAUGAAGAAGAUUACUGCCAUUUGUUGCUUUCUAAUAGUUUUUCUCUCCUUCCAUCGCCCCAGUACAUCUCUCUGCUAUAUGUGGAUAAAGCUAUGAAAAUUUGAAGCCAUGUUGCAAGUGCUUCAAAAUUCAAGAUAUGAGAUCUAUUUGAAUAAAAGGCACUGUGUCUCUUCGUUUCUUAUGGAGUCUCCAAUCUGUUCGAGCUUCCAAAUUAAACAGCAAUGGAGAAUCAGCCUUCAAAUGGAAGAAGGGCAAUGGAAGAAGAGCUGAUCAAAGGGUGUGAGACAGCAAACCAGUUACUUGAAGUACUUGUUCAUAAAUCCAACACUACUCAUGAAGAUGUAGAACUAGAAGGGUCAGUGCAACCUUUGGUUGAAGAUCUUGUGCGCAAGGUGUUGUGUUCAUUCACAAAUACCCUUUUGCUAUUGAACACUAAUAAUAUUAAUGAUGUCUCCAAAUACACAAUCAAAGAUGCCCCUUCGUCCGUGAAAUGUCCAGAGACUCAGGGUACGGAUGAGGCUUGCAAGAGUUUCUUCCACGCUGAAAAACGAAGAGGGUGCUACAAGAGAAAAUCAAGUGCACCAACAUGGGAGACGAACAGCUCAAUUCUGCUGGAAGACGGCUAUGCAUGGAGAAAAUAUGGACAAAAAAUAACACUGAAUGCAAAAUACCUCAGGAGCUACUACAGAUGCACUCACAAGUAUGAUCAGGGUUGUCCAGCAACCAAACAGGUUCAGAGAACUCAAGAGGACCCUCCAUUGUACCGGACAACAUAUUAUGGACAUCACAAUUGCAAAAGCUCUUUAAGUCCUGAGAUAAUGAUCGAACCAGCUUUUUCUUCUGGCUCUUCUAUGAUCCUUAGCUUCACUAGCACCCUCACAAGCAAAGAAGGAUACCCAUUUUCAUCAUCACUUUCUUCAUCCACAAAACUGGAGCCUAUGGAAGUGAUUCAGGAUGACCAUAUCGUUCAGAACCAAUUAUCCUCAUCAGAUUACCUCCUGUUAUCUGACUAUGGACUUGAUUUCAAUUAUUAGAGGCAUUUUACAAUGCUAUCCUCCACUGAAUAAUCUGUUCAAUUAGAUAAAGUUUAUGGGAGUAGUGAUCUGUAUUUGCAUGUUCCUACAAAAUUUGUUUUAUUGAGGAGGGCAAUGCAUUGGUAACUUCAUUUGGCACAGGUUUAAUUCUA